CCAGUCCCAGGCCCGCCUCAACCUGGGUUUUAUCCUUACCCCCCAAUGAUGCCCCAGCCUCCACUUGUGCCCUCGCGGUUUAGGCCUUACCCCCCGGAGGUCUACGUAUAUUGUUAUCAACAAUAUUUACACGCAACUGGCCAAGUCCCCGGGCCGCCAAACCUAGUCCCUCCCCCUCCCCCUCCUCCACACCAUUUGGGUGGGUAUCCCCCCGCCUUCCAGGGUAUGGGUGUACCGCCAGCGGCUGCGCCGCUUCAACAUCCUUCCGCACCCCCCUUGGCACAACCUUCCCACGACACGCAUUUGGAGCAGGGACCGGAGGAACAAGCACCAGUAGCUGACGCUGAGGAGAGCGCUGUCAAGCGCGGAAAGCGCAAGGCGGUGGACUUUGAUGACGAUGAUGCUCCCCCACGAAAAAAGCAAACGAUUCACCCCCUUGUUGACUACCCCGAUUUCGAACUGGUCCAAAAUAACGGCGAGGUCCGUUACAAGUGCUGCCUGUCGCAGUGCGAAAACGUGCCUGCAGUGCCACGCGCUGGCAUACAAGAUCAUAUCAAAUCGAAGAACCACCCGCAGGUCAGGUCUCGGUCCCCAUCCCUAGAAUAUUACGAGCCUGUAAAUGACGGGGACUUUUCGAACAUAGGCGACUCUUGUUUCAACAACCAGCAAGAGACUUACGGGAUAUCUCAAGGAACUUACGAAGAAACUACCGAUUUGACUUCGAGCGAGUCGUUGGAAACGUCCGACAACAGUCUUGACGAGACUACGUAUUCGGGUUGGGACGAGGGGUUCAACGAUUUUUUCGACAUCGAAGCAGCUUGCGAACCAGUUUCUGGCGAGCAGACUGAAGAGUCUGUCAAAAAACCUGAAGAAACCAUCGAUUCGGCUUCGGGCUCGCUUGCCGACGAUCUUUAUGGAACUGUCGAUUCAGCUUCGGACGAGCAGUUGGACGAGUCCGCCAACAGUCUCAAGAAGAAUCUUGAAGAAACUGUCGAUUCGGCUUCGGACAAGCAGUUGGAAGAGUCUACCGACAGCCCGGAAAAGAGUGGUGUUCACGAAAUGGACAAUAUGACAUCGGAAGAGUUGCUUGAAUAUUGCAUCAACCAUCUUGAUGAAACUUACAACUUCACUUAGGCUCCGGGUGAGUCGUUGGAUGAUAUGUGUUUUCUUUCUAUGUAUUUUGAAUCGUUGCAGCUUCACCCUUACUAUAUAUUAUGAUUAUGACAAUUAUGAUUAUGACAUACUGUACAUCCGAAUACAUACAAACUAGUAUGAUGCAUGCUAGCUACAAGCCGGUCUUGCUGAAC